CUAGCACGCGCAGGCGCCAGAUAGUAGCAUGCAUUCACCAAGAUGGCUACCUCCGAGGGUGUCAGCGCUUUCCUUGCCCAAAGACUAGAGAAGGCCAAAGAAAAUUUAGAAGAUGUUGAGCAAAACAUUCGCAAACUUACAGGUGGAGAUAACACUGAAAGAAGGGUGUCUGUUGGAGAUUCAAGAAGGCUCAUUGUUGGAGAGCAGAGAAGAAUAUCAGGUGAUCAGAGGAGGCAUGUUAGUGACUUAAGGAGACCUUUAACUGACCAAAGGAUUGAAAGGAGACUCUCUGGUGACCAGAGAAGGUUAUCAGCGGAUCAGAGAGGCAUAUCUGGUGAUCAGCGGAGAGUUUCAAUAGAUGCACCAGGAGUACGGGGUAGAGGCGGAGGAUUAACAGUACAGAGGCUUUCACUGAUGGAGAGACUUGGGGCACCGCCUGCUAAGAGACCUAACCUGGGAAGUCCAUUUAGCAGGCUAGGAGGAAGAGUUGGACCAAGGAACCGAGCCCCCAGUGAUGAUGAGGAUGAGGACAUGGAUUACAAGCCUCUUGUUCAAUCCUCUGUGGUAACUACCCUAACAACAGUGACACCAAAAACUCGCCAACAGACCAUCAAAGAAGUACAGAAAGACAAGAAGAGUGUUGAUAGGAAUAAGCGAAUGUUUGGUCACCUAUUAGGCACCCUGCAGAAGUUCAGAGAUGAAAGUGAUUCAAAGACAGACAAGGAUAAAAGAAGAAAGGAGAUUGAGAAGAAGCUAGAAGAGAAAGCUGUAGAAGAGAAGAAAGCUGUGGCAGAAGAGAGAAAACUAUUAAUGAAAGAGCGGAAAGAUAAACAGGCAGAGCUCAAUCGUUUAGAACAGUUGGUUGAACUAACUCAAGAGCACAAGGAUUGGGACGUUCACUCUGGCCUUUUGAGUAACUUCAUCCGCACAAGGGCAAAACCCUAUAUCUUCUACAAACCUGCCAAAUGGACUCUGGGUACAGAGAAACUUUUCAAAGAAUCUAAGCAGAUAUUAAGUGCUGCUGUUGAGAAGCGUAAAGAUGAGCUUGCAAAAGAGAUUGCUGAGUUAGAAGGGAAACCCAAGAAAGAAGAGAAGAAGGAAGAAGAUGGAGAAUCUAAGGACCGGAGAAGGAGCGGAGAGGACAGAAGGAAGAGUGGCGAGGAGAGAAGACGGAGCGGGGAAGAGAGAAGACGUCGUCAUAGUAACCGUGAUGAGGUAAAGGGUAAGAUGGAUGAUAGGGAUAAAUCACAUAGGGGAGAUAGUGAGAAGCAUGGAAGUGAUGAGAAACGAAGAGACAGGAAGAGGACAAAGCAUGAAGAUGAAAAAGAAGCUAAGGUCUCCAAACCUAAAGACACUCAUGAAGAAAAUCUUCAGUCUUCCAAAGACACAGAAGAUAAACCUAUGAAAGAGACAACUGCCGAAACGGACCUUGAUCACCCUGAAAAGAAGAAGAAAAGGAAGAUGGUGAAGGUAAUGAUGGUAAGAUGGAAGGUAAGUAUGAAGAAGAGAUGAAGGUGGAGGAUGUUGGGGAUGUCAUGAAAGAAAAUGGUCAGGAUAAAGAAAGUAAAGAGGGAAAGGAGGAAGGAUUGCAAGGGCUUGCUGAUGAAGAAUGGGGUAAUGUAGGAUGGGGUGAUGAUGAUGAUGCUGUAGAGAAACCAGCAGUAACUGAUAGUAUGGCAGGUCAAG